AUGAAAUACCUUUUGAACAUUCAAAUAAGACAACCCCUUUCGCCAGUCAAAUUACCUGUCGUUUUGCCUGCCACUUUACCUGCCACCUCACCUGCCAUUUUACCCGGGUUAACACCUACGCGAUUAUCACUGCAGACAUUGUCAGCCAUGGAUGAUUCCGCACUUGGCAACUCAUCGUUAUCAGUUGAUUAUGAAUCACUUUUUUCUGUCAAGCACGAUCUUGCUACGCAUGAUGAAAGGCUCAAGUCGUCUCAGGCCUUUUUGGCUGUUCGACGAGAUUGCGAGGCUUUUGUGUAUGAGUUAAUGGGUCGAACCUGGGGGACGUUGAAGAGAAGACACCGGACUAUUUUCGAAGAGGGCGUUCAUCACAUCAUCUCGGGGUCACGCGAAGGCCAGGCUCUUCUCCCUCUCGUUCACGGCGAAUGCACCAAAUGCGUGGAUACCCUGAUCGUAGCUUGUUCGAUCUUGUCGAAAUUGCACUUUGAUCGCAUCAGAGAAGCUGAGUUGAUGGGGUCGCUCGCAGCCCUAUUGAAAGCCACUGUCAGGACCAAAGUAAACUCGAAGAUAAGGCUGGCAUUCGUCCAGGCGGCAAAAGGGAUAUGCGAGAAGAACCAAAGUCCCAACUCAGAACUGCUCAGUAACACAUUCCACUUCCGCAAGCAAGAUAUUAGCUCACCUAUCUAG